AUGGUGAUUGGGUCUAUUACUGCUGUCAACCCUCAAUCGAGCGUCACAACAGAGAGGACAAAACUCUCAGAGGAAACAGUUGAGUGCCAGGACCACACCACGUGCCCCGCCGGCAAUAGCUGCUGCCACACGCCCGAGUACCCGGUGGGAACGUACUCGUGCUGCCCGUACGAGUACGGCCAGGUGUGCUGCCCCGACGGCAGCUGCUGCGCCGCGGGAUACCGCUGCGAGCCGCGCUGGGGCGUCUGCAUGCCCACGCUACAGCAGGCACAGCGUGCACCCAACGGUACCGGCAGCGCAUCCAGCCGGCGGCUCUCCGUGCCCGCUCGGAGGGGGCCCCAGGCGAAGUCGCCGGGUCGGACAUCUGACG